UUCCCUUCCCUCUCCCUCAGUUUCUUCGUGCGCGUGGUGCUUCCCGGCCGGCCGCCGAUCGAGUAGUAGAGCGCCGCCGCCGAGCAGCGGAGAUGAGCCGGCUGGACACCCGGACGCUCUAGGACGAGCUGACGAGCAUGGACCGGCGCCCGCUCCUGGACCUGGGCCACCCGCACCCGCUCCUCAACCGCGUCGCCGACGGUUUCAUCCGCGCCGCCGGCGUCGGCGCCGCCAGGGCCGUCUCCAGGGAGGCCUACUUCGUCACCGUCGAAGGCCUUUCCGGGGACUCGGCCGGGCUCGACCCCAACGGCGGCAAGAGGAGCCAUUUCUCCAGCAUCAGGGGCGACGAUGGCCAGAAGUCGCUCGACGCCGCGGUCAAAACGGCCGGCAAGGAGGCCUUCCAGUGGGGCCUGGCAGCUGGGGUGUACUCCGGGCUGACGUACGGCCUCAGGGAGGCCAGGGGUUGCCAUGACUGGAAGAACAGCGCGAUCGCAGGUGCCAUCGCCGGCGCGGCAGUGGCGUUGACGGGGGACGCCGGCGGCCACUCCGACAAGCUCGUCCAUUUCGCCAUCACCGGCGCGGCGCUGUCCAGCGCCGCGAGCCUGCUCUCCGGCGUAUUCUGAGCCCAGGGACGGCGGGCGCCGGACACGGGGCGGUUGUCCGGCCAGGUUCUCGAGGGGGGUGUGUUUAGCAUAAAGAAGUUGCAUUGCAGCUCACCGACCAUGAAAAAUGUAUUCCUAGAUCCGCGUGUCAGCUUGCUGCAGCGAAAUCUGGUGCCAUGGGGUUCUAGGGGCCGUUUAGUUCUCAAAAAUUUUCACCCAAAAAUUUUCACCUCCUCUUUAAACACAUCUUUAAAC